AUGAAGCGAAAAAUAAAAAAUACACCAGGAGAAAAUAAAAUGGCAGGUGGUACAUCAGUAACAACAGGUGGCAGCGAAUCGCCACCUAAUAGUCGAGUAUGCCGAGACUUUUUACGUAAUGUUUGUCACCGCGGUAAAAGAUGCAAAUAUCUCCACGAGCGAUCUGGUGAUUCUCCAGUAGAAGAGUACACAUUUUGCCAUGAUUUUCAAAAUGGAAUGUGUAACUGGCCUGGCUGUAAAUUUCUUCACUGCACGGAGAGCGAAGAAAAGCACUUUCGUGCUACCAGUGAGCUGCCGGCGCACAUAAUUGCGCGGUUAAAAAACAAUAGUGAGAAAACGGAAUUCCCAUUGUGCAAAGAUUUCAUGAAGGGUAAUUGUCAGCGGGUGAAUUGUAAAUUCAGACAUUACAAAAAAGAAGAACCACAGCAUACUAACGUAGCUUCACCGAUGAUUAAUCAGCCAGUGCGCUCACAACAUUGUUUCAAUGGGACUAACCACAAUGACAAUCGGAUCCGCAAUGGCUUUGAAGAAUUAGACAGAAAUGUACACUGGCAGUUUGAAGAUCAUCAACAUGUCCUAACAAAUAAUAAUGGCCAUGGAGGUUACUCAGCUUCUCCACAAUCAAGCGAAUUUAUCGGUGGCCCCCCGGAGCCUAAAAGAAGAAUAAUAUCAGGCGGCGAAGCUAUCUUGCACUUUGAAACUUCUCCAAUUGUAGGUCAACACACGACUGCCCAUUCAGCAGUGACUCCUGGGUAUUAUUACCCAGUGAUCGCGAGGAACGAGGCCCGGGCAAUAGUCCUCGAAGAUGAAAAUUCACUGCUGAGAAAAAAAAUAGACGAAUUAAAGAAGCAAGUCAGUGAUUUAACGGCAACAAACGAAUUUCUUCUUGACCAGAAUGCCCAGCUGAGAAUGUCCGGCAAGCGAACGGCCAAUGUUACAUCAGUGACUGUUCCCGCAGUGACGAUCACUAACACCGUCCCACCUUCACAGGCUCCAACACCCCAGCAGAUGGUCAACGCAGCUGUAGCUGCCGGGACUUUGAGGACUGUUACAGCUAGCGUAGCAACUGUUCCAGUUAGCAUUGCUACAGUCACUCCCGUGUCAAUUGCUGCUGUUUCAAUGGCUCCAGUGUCAAUUCCUCCGCCCAUUGUAACGAUGGCUCAGCAAACUAUCACCAUGAGUGGCUCUGGACCUCAGUCCGCGAACCAGCAGGCCCAAAAUCCUCAACAAUCUGCCAGCUUGCCGCUUUCUAUUUCUGGAGCUACUGCUCCGAUGGUGUCCUAUCCGAUUAUGACUCAAGAACUUCGACCUGUGCUCCAAUAA